AUGGCAAACGCGACGGAUGCGUAUUGCGUACCCGGCGCUACCAAUUUCAAUAAAGCCUACAGUCGUCUACACGGAUAUAUCGCCAUAGUAAUAUGUAUUAUCGGCUCCGCCACCAACUCAAUAAAUAUAGCCGUACUCAGUCGCCGGGAAAUGAUCAGUUCUACAAAUUCGAUUCUCACAGGACUUGCUUUUGCGGAUCUCCUUGUCAUGUUGGAAUAUAUACCUUACGCUUUACAUAUGAAUAUCAAAAUAGGCCCACAGGUGAACAAAAAUACAUACUCAUGGGCGGUUUUUGUUUAUUUCCACUCCAUUUUCAGUCAAACCUUUCAUACGAUAUCAAUCUGGCUAGCUGUCACGUUAGCAGUUUGGCGUUAUGUGGCCAUUGCUUUCCCGCAGAAAAACAGAACUUGGUGUAGCAAGAAAAACACGACUUUGGCAAUCGUUAGCGCUUUGCAGAGGAUUUAUCUUUACCGCAAAACAGGACCGUUGCCUAGUAUAGCUUUGUCAAUAUUAAGUACUUGUUUGAUUUCAAAGUUAACAACAACGGAAAGAAGGAGGCAAAAGCUAUUAAAACGAUCAACGAUUGGAUCCAAUGAGGCAAAGAAGCAAACCUUAGCUGAGGAGUCCUCGGCGCGGCGGUCGAGCCGGACCGAUCGGACAACCCGCAUGCUGCUGGCCGUCCUUGGCCUAUUUCUCUCCACGGAAGUACCACAAGGCCUGCUCGGUCUUGCGAGUGCACUAGCGCCAGAUUUCUUCAAAAGCUGUUAUAGUUUAUUUGGAGAUUUAAUGGAUGUCUUGGCGCUAUUCACGUCUUCGGUCAAUUUCGUGCUGUAUUGCAGUAUGAGUAGACAAUUUAGAUGUACAUUCGCUAGACUCGCUCGACGAAUGGUCUACUCCACCGAAGAACCGGCUAAAUUUGGUACUAAACUUGAACCUACGACACAGAUGGCCGAAUUUUUGUUCAAAUUUAACCUGAACGAUGUUAUUUUUGUAAAAGAUGAAAAAUACGACAUUGUUCCAGGUCACCGGCCCGCUAUAGCGACAGAUUCCCGCCCUCAGCAGGGUGGUGGAGAGUAUUAUAUAGAUUUGAACAGG